CGAGACCACCGCAAUCCACCGCCAUGGGGGAUAGGGAUAGAGAUAGGGUUGUUGAGGCAGACGAGACGACUGCGCUGCUGCGGACCGAUUCCGAGUCCUCAGACUUUGAGCAGCAGUCAUACAGGACUUCUCUGCGCCGACACUCGUCCGCCAACCUCCCUCCGUACCACGAAGAGCCUGCGCCUGCAGCUGCCAAAGGGGAUGCUGAACCCUCGUCGACGCUGACCAUCUGGACAAUUGUCCCCGUCUCGCUUCUCGGUGUUUUUGUCGCCAACCUCGACGGCAGCCUGAUCAUCGCAUCGAGCCAGCAGAUCGCUUCAGAGUUCAACGCGCUGUCCAGUGCGUCGUGGCUCGUCACCAGCUUCGUGCUUGCCCUCUGUGCCAGUCAGCCCCUGUACGGGAAGCUGAGCGACAUCUUUGGCCGACGAAGUAACCUGAGCGUGGCCUACAUUUUCUUCGCGGCAGGAUGCUUUCUUUGCGGCAUCGGUCGCGAGUACUGGCAUGUGGUUGCUGGUCGAGCCAUCUCCGGCAUUGGAGGCGCCGGCAUGACAGCGCUGGUAUCCAUCAUCAUUGCUGAUGUGGUGCCUGUGAGAGAAGUCGCAAGCUGGAGGAGCUACGUCAACGUCGCCGCUACGACAGGGCGAGCCGUUGGUGGACCAUUGGGCGGCUGGCUCUGCGACACCAUCGGUUGGCGAUGGUGCUUCUAUGGCCAAGUGCCUCCCACGAUCCUGGGUCUCCUUCUCAUACUCUGGAAACUGCCAACCCGGACGCGAAAGACGGCCAAACCUGGCGAGGAAGCCUCAUUCAGGCAAAAGCUGGCACGGGUAGACGUGAUAGGUGCCGUCACCCUGAUCGUCACCAUCAUCAGCUUCCUCCUCGCCCUGGAGUUUCUGAACGAGGAUCUACCUUUGGCGCACGCCGUAGCCCCCACGGUCCUUUUCCUCGCAUUCAUGGUCCUGUUCUACAUCGUCGAGAGCCGCUGGGCCAAAGAGCCGAUCCUGCCGAUCGAGCUUCUCACCAGCCGGGCGACGCUGACUGCCUACCUCCUGGCGGGACUCCAGAUGACCGCGCAAUUCAGCCUCUUCUACUCGGUGCCCAUCUACUUCCAGAUCGUCUCCGGCUCGAGCGUGAGCGACGCGGGGCUCCGCCUCGUCCCGGCCGUGGUGGGCAACGCCACUGCGGGACUGCUGGCCGGCUACACCAUCUCCAAGACGGGCCGGUACAAGCUCUUCACCCUGCUGGGCAACACCGGAGGAUGUCUGGGGUACCUGAUGGUCCUGCUCCGCUGGCGGCGCGGCGCCAUCCACCCGGCCGAGACGCUGUACACCUUCCUGGGCGGCUUCGCCUCGGGCACCAACCAGUCGACCACCUUCAUCCACCUGGCCGCGAGCCUGGAGCCGAGCAAGAUGGCCAUCGCCGGCACGACCCUGUACCUGUGCCACAACCUGUUCCUCCUCAUCGGCAUCCAGUUUUCCACCGCGCUCCUGCACGCCCGCCUUCGGAGCAGUCUGGAAUCCGGCCUGGAGGGCGUCAAACACAAGUCCAAGAUCAUCGAGUCCGCCGUUUCCAGCGUCAGAUCCAUCCGAGAUCUCCCGCCACGGAUCAGAGAUGUCGUCGUCCGAGCCUACCUCGACGGUUUGAGCUGUACAUUUGCGAUGUCCCUGGCUUUUGCCUUCUUGGGCUUGUUGGUCGCGAUUAGUUUGAGGGAGAAGAGAUUAUAGGGCGGCGAAAGAACGGCCACCGCCUUCAGCAAACAGGAGAGGGCAAAGGGCAGAGAGAGGCGUUGAUACAAAGUUAAGCACAAUGCGUCAUGUGUGGGUGUGUAUUGGCUGUUUCGUAAUAUGAGUGGUAUGGAUAUGACACGGGGUCAUAGGAGAGACCACCACAAGGACAACAACACGAGAUAAUAACACGAGCGAGCCAUACAUGCCGGAAAGACAAAAGGGGGGACACAGUCCGGAAAAGUCAUGGAGAUGUGAGUAUCGAAAGACACUACAGCAUGAGGAUCGCGCGGAUAAGACUCUCGAGAUCAUGCGUUCACUCCGCUAAUAGCCAAUGCCCUAUCUCUAAAAGGCGAGGGGUCGAAACACAAUACACCGUUUGGGAUAGAGAGUGGAAAACGGACUGCCGGGAUCUGAUGAAGCUAUGAAAAAUGGAUACCUGGCUCUUAGAGGCUAGAUCACGG